AGAAACACUCCAGGGCCCUGCAUCUCCAUGCCAGGGGCACCAGUGGCCAUGGAAACAGCGCUGAUCUUUCUGUGCUCUCUGCUGGUGCCUGUGGUCGUGGCGGACGCAGCCAAUCAAGAGAAGGAAAAAGAUCCUUUCAACUAUGAUUACCAGAGUUUGAGGAUCGGCGGUUUGGUGUUCGCCGUGGUCUUGUUUUCUGUUGGAAUUCUCCUUAUACUCAGCCGGAGGUGCAGAUGCAGCUUCAACCAAAAGCCCAGAGCCCCUGGGGAUGAGGAGGCUCAGGUGGAGAACUUGAUUGCCUCAAACGGUGGUACACACGCCCAGACCAAGGCACCCACUGGACGGCUCGCUGGGAAGAUGGCUGACGAGAUCGUCCCAGAGCAGGUGCCUGACAAGUUCACCUACGAUUACGAGACCAUUCGGAAUGGGGGGCUGAUCUUCGCCGUGGUGGCUUUCGUGUUCGGACUCCUCAUCAUUCUCAGUCGGCGGUUCCGCUGCGGAGCAAAGAAGAGAAGAAGACAAGGUGACGAUGACGAGCUGUAGCUGCAGAGCUGCCUGGACUGUCUGGAAAGAGGCUUCCUGCCCAGUGCCCUGUCGGGGGUGGGGGGAGUUCUCGCCAGGAGCCAAGCCCCUUGCACCGGAGACAUUAACCCUCUCAGCCCUGCACCUCUAUACACACCAUUGUCAUGGCUUUCCUUUGUAAAAUCAGUUCAGUGCU